AGAAGAGUUUUAUAUGUAGGACGUACAACAGAUGAACAAUAUUAGAAACGUUUGCGUGGCUUGGUUGCUUUUAGACUUUAACAAAUAAUCAUUCACGGCAUCCUAUGAUUGUGAUACGAUUAGGGUGCCUAGUUUGUUAAAAUCUACUGAUUUGUUCCACCAAGAAAUGAGCGAAGCGCCCCCGAACACGCCAAAGCGGCAAGCGAUUGUGGAACGGCAAGCGAUUGUGGAACGUUUGAGACAACGAAUCGAUUGCUUUCGAAAACGUCACGAUAGCUGUCAGGCUCGACUUGAAGAAACCCAACCAUCGCGCGAAUUAAAACAGAUACAAGAAAGCCGGAUUUUACAGUCGAAAAUUUUGGAAAAUAAAGUAAAGAUGAAUGCUAAAAUUCGUCCGGAGCAAAUAAGUAAUAAGCUAGCGAAACAAGAGGAAACUGUUCCGGAGAAGACUACGACCAACAAUACUGGAUUGCAGGCAAAUGCGAAAAGAAAAUUCCAAGGGUCGCAGAUUGACAGCGAAAGGCAAAACGAAGAUAUGUCAAACCCCGUCCCACAGAAAUAUGCUCGUUUUGAAAACCAAAACGAUGUUCAUUGUAACGUAAAGCCGAGCUUUAAUACAGCUGAGGAGUCCGAGCCUCCGUUAUCGUCCAAUAACAUGCCUUAUAGUGCGGUAAAUGGACAUGCUGCGGACUUUGUUAAAACUGAAGAUCAUGCUAAUACAAGUUCAACGUAUAAUACUUCUUGCGACAAUUUAGAGCGAACAAUCUCGCGAGCUUCACAACAAUAUAAUGCCGCUGCAGAGUAUGCUACACCGACAUUUACAAGCCGUGGUCAACCAAGCGAGAAAUCUAGAGCGCCUGAAUUCACGGGAACUUUUAAACAAGAAAAUGGUUUACUUAGUCCAAGUAACGAUACCUCUACACCUAAUGGCUUAUUACCAGCUAGACCAAAAAAUGACGAUGAUUUCCGAUUAUUAACGGACACUGAAGGUAAUAAUACAAGUACUAGUAAAGAGGACGACCUCGAAAAUCAACUUAGUCAGUUCGAACGCGUUCUACAAGGGAUUAAGAGUCGAGACGAGAGUUCUAAUGACACUGAAUUAUCCAAUGACAUUCCAAAAACUUUGCGACCACCACAAAGUCAAUCUGUAGGAAAUGGCAUAACUGAGAGUCCAGAUAUAAAAAUUAACAAUAAUCAAUUAAACUUUCCAAAUGACAGUACAGCACAGCUAUCGACCUCUUCAGCUCAACAAUAUGGCAUAUCACGUUCAACAGCACAAGUACUACAACAAUUUGUAAUGGCCCAACAAAAUGAGAGAAUUGCUAGUAAAGUUCGUUUUGAUCGAAAUAUGUUUCUGAAUCCUCAAGGAGUUGGGGAGCAAAAUAACCCUCGAUUAGCAGCAACACAAAGAGCAAGUAAUUUCCCUGUACGGCAGCGUGUUUAUCAGCAACUACAACAACGAAAAAGCUUGCAACAAAUGCAGCAAAAGAAAAUUGCUGGAGCAACCCCCCAACAACUGCAGGCAAGAAAUCCUGUGAUCAAUCCAUUAGUUGGAAACACAGCUUAUCAAAUGCAUCCUAAAGUCAGAUACUCAGGCAUAGCACCAAAUACACAACAAAGUGUUUCUUCUUUCACACAUGCAGCUGGCAGAAUUCAUCAGAAUUUAAUGCAACCACUACGACAGCCUGUAAGUUUACAAACACAAGCUCAAGUACCAGGUCAAAUGGCAAAUCUCCCCCGUCACCAAAUCAAUAUGCUUGCACAACAACAGCAGCAACAACAACAAAAACUUGCAUUCCAACAACAAAUGGCAAGCCGUUUGCCAUCAUAUUCACAAGCACAGGCACAGCAUUUAGCAAGGUCAUCCUCUGUUAUGGACAUUAGGCAAAAAUUUUCAGGUGGUGUACCUUCAACACACGUGAGUCAGUACAACUCUGUGCAUCAACAGGCAAAUCGAGCACAACAACCAUUAUCUCACUUGCCACAUUAUAACCCUCCGGGCUAUGGUAAUCAAUCUGGUCCAGCAGCACGACCUGUUCAGGUAUCUUAUAGUGGUGAUUACCCUGGUUACCAACACCCAUAUCAAUAUGGUGUUAACCAGGAGAAUAAACUUCAUUCAUCCUAUCAAAGGCAUGCAAGUAUGGAUGAUAAUAUAGUGGCCAACAGGUUUCAUAACCCUGAAAUGAACCAAAGAAGCAACUUUCCUUUUCAACGAAGUAGUAGUUUACCUCCUGGACAUGCUGCUGCUGGUAACAAUAUUUUCAAUCAAACAUCACCACCAGUUGUUCGACUUGGUCAAAAUGAACCAAACUUGCCUGACAUGAACAAUAAUGGUAAUGAUCAUCAAGAGAUGGCGGCACGUGCUCACCCACAAGCCCCUCUUACACAUAUGAAACAACAUCUUGGGCAACAACCUAAUAACCUGGGCAUAAAUCAAGAACUGUACCAAGGUAAUAAUAUGUCACUGGCUCAAAAUAGACAACAGCCGUCUAAUAAUUUACAGACUCCGCUAUCAAACUCCUUUUCUAACCUUCUCGACAUGAAGUCUAAUUCUGAGACAUCACUAUUUCCAUUCCUUGGUCAAGACCUUGGUGGGGGCACAACAGACAGUUCAGAUUUUGAUUCAUUGUUAAAAAGUCCACCUUCCGACUUUGACUUGCUUAAUAUGCUAGAAGAGCCUCAGAAAGCAUUGCAAUAAUCUGUAAAAUAUAUACAAAUAAAUUUCAUAACCAUUUCUUACAGAACAGGUAUGUAUGAAAUAUUUCAUAGAAUCACUGUACUAUAAAUAGCAUUUUAAUCUAAGUUAUUAUUUUAGUCAAAGUUAAAUAGUAAAAUUAAUUUUGGCUCAUUGUUGGUCAACAAUUUCAAAGACAUAAUUUCUAGAACAGAAAUUGUAUAAUAUAUGUGUCAAUAUAGCUGGUAGUGUGCAAAUAAUUAUGUAAUGUAAAGUUGCUAUAUUUCUGUAAAGAAUUAGUUAAAAUUUGCUGUUAAAACAGUAUGAUUUUCUAAUAGUAAACCAAUUCUAACAAAAAAAAUUGUAGCCAGCAGUCAGUUGUAAAGCCUGAUAUGUUAUUAUUGGGUAAGACUUAUAUUUCUCAGACUGAAAUUUGGUUGAAUCUCAUUAGGAUUCUGAUGUGUAUGAUAUUAAAUGGAGACAAAUUACAUUUGAAGACCAAGACCUAGGAUGUAGACAGUUGGACCAUGCAAGCAUAUUUCAUAAUUGUUGACUUGCUUGCCUUUAGUGGCAUAUAUUAGUGGUG